AUGCUGUGGCCGUCGUGUCAGAGCCUGCGAUCCUGCGUCCUUCAUCAUCCUCCUUUCGUCACAUUUUUUAUAUGUGUCGUGACGCUUGGUGUCACCUACCUGGCUCUCGGAGUGUACAUCAAGACGCAGCCAGUGAGUGACGUGGAUUUUACCCAGGACUGGGGUGGCGUCCUUCAAGCCUUCACCGUGGGUAAGGUCUGCAUUCAGGGUAACGGUAGCCGUCACAUCACCACUGUGGAUGAGACUAGGACUGUGAAUCCUGAGAACAGCGCCAAUGUGUCUGUGCUGGUCACUUUUACCGUCUCUCCAUGGCAACUAGCGCUCAAUCACAGCAACUUGCAGAUAAUAGCGACUGGCGCCCAGCUUGGCAUGACAGGUACUGAUGCGGACACCCCCCUGACCAUUACUCUGACCUCUUAUUGGGGGUACAUCCAGUGUAACGGCAGUGAAGUAGAGUGCGCUGUGAAAUAUUGUGUCAGCUUGACCGGUCCUCGAGAACUUCUGCCACAGACAUCAUGGUCCCCUCAAUGUCCUGUGAAUGGUUCUGCUGUCCCAGUGGUCCCGGAGUUGUAUGUGCUGGAAACAGAAGCCAGCUCUUCCGCCAAGUGCCUUGUGUAUCAUGGAGACCUGACACAGAAUAUCAUACCUGAGGAAGAUGCGGCCCUGUGUGCGCAGCGACUGCGCGAGGUGGCCCUGGUCAUCCUCUUCCUGGGGCUCCUGUUGACGGUAAUGUUCGUGUUCUGUACCCCUCCCUUCAAAGAGAAGAAGACAGGUGGACCUCUGUGA